CGCCGCGCGCGCCGCUCGCCUCAUGGCCGCUGCCGUGGGCACCGGGAGCGGCGCCGGGCCCGGCCCCAAGAGGCCGCGGCCCGAACCCCCGCUUCGUAUCGGCACCCACGACGGCACCUUCCACUGCGACGAGGUGUUGGCGUGUUACCUGCUGCGCCUCCUGCCCCGCUACCGGGACGCAGAGGUGGUACGUACCCGGGACCCCCAACGCCUGGCCCAGUGUGAUGUGGUGGUGGACGUUGGGGGCGAGUACGACCCCGAGCGACACCGUUAUGACCAUCACCAGAGGUCCUUCACACAGUCCAUGCGGAGCCUCCGGCCCGACAAGCCCUGGACCACGAAGCUGAGCAGCGCCGGGUUGGUCUACUGUCAUUUCGGCUCCCAAAUCCUCGCUGGGCUCCUUGGGCAGCCGGAGGACGGUCCCAUCGUGACAGUGCUCUACGAUAAGCUCUACGAGAACUUUGUGGAGGAGAUCGAUGCCAUCGACAACGGCAUCGCGCAGGCGGAGGGGGAGCCCCGCUACGCCCUCACCACCACCCUCAGCGCCCGCGUGGGCCACCUCAACCCCCGCUGGAACGACCCCGACCAGGACACCGAGGCGGGGUUCAAGCGGGCGAUGGAGCUGGUCGGGGGCGAGUUCAUGGACCGCCUGGACUACUACCACCGUGCCUGGUUGCCCGCGCGGGCGCUGGUGGAGGAGGCCAUCCAGCGGCGCUUUGAGGUGGAGGGGAGCGGCGUGGUGCUGGAGCUGCCGCAGGGUGGCUGCCCCUGGAAGGAGCACCUUUUCCACCUGGAGCAGGAGCUGGAGCUGCCCCAACCCCUCCAGAUGGUGAUUUUCCCCGACCAAGGGGGGCAGUGGCGGGUGCAGAGCGUCCCCAUGGGGCCACACACCUUCCAGAGCCGGCUUCCUCUCCCCGAGCCGUGGCGCGGGCUGCGGGACGAGGCGCUCUCGGAGCUCAGCGGAAUCCCCGGCUGCGUCUUCGUACACGCCAGCGGCUUCAUCGGGGGCAACCGCACGCGGGAGGGGGCCUUGGAGAUGGCCCGCAGGACACUGGCCCAGCGGCAAGCGGGGGGAGCGCAGAGCGGGUGAGCCCCCCCACAACCACCACCCUCCCCCUGCAAGGUGGUCACCCCCAAAAGGGAGCGUGGGGGGUUCCAGGGACAGCUACUGGGGGGUGGCUGAGACCGUCCCCGCUCAGCUCAUGUAACAGGACGCUAUCAUGGAGUUGUCUGUCCAUCUUGGGGGGGGUCCAGGCUCCUCCCCGGGGGAGUCACUGGUCCCAGUCCCGCCAUUGGACUGGUGUGAGCAAAACAACACCCCCAAAUCAAGAGACUUUUUGGAUCCGUUUCUCUCACGAUUGUCCCCAUUUCUGUUUUGUAUUGGGUUGCCAACACCAGUAAAAACCAGUGUGUUCCCAGUGUA